UCCUGAUCGGUAUCAGUUUGGAAAAGCAAGAAGGUAUCCGUUAUCGGUAUUGUUAUUAAAUAACCAUAUCAAAAUCCUUUGCAACGGCCUUGCAAUAAACAAAAUGGUGUCUCCAUCGUUGCUAUGGCAAUAACCUGGCUGCGUGUGACACUGUACCUUGUACUGUAUCUCUCAAGAAUCCGUGCCAGACCAGCGAUUGUCUCACUUCAGUUGAAUGCUUCGCCUGAUUAAAUCUUUACUCUCCGCUCCCCACAGGAGUACACCAUCGAUGUAUUUUUCCGUCAGAGUUGGAGAGAUGAGAGACUGAAAUUUGACGGGCCCAUGCAGGUGUUGCCCCUCAACAACCUCCUUGCCAGUAAGAUCUGGACACCUGACACAUUUUUUCACAAUGGAAAGAAGUCUGUGGCCCACAACAUGACAACCCCAAACAAACUUCUGCGACUAGUUGACAAUGGCACACUUCUCUACACGAUGAGGUUGACCAUUCACGCCGAAUGCCCCAUGCACCUGGAGGACUUCCCCAUGGAUGCGCACGCCUGUCCCCUGAAAUUUGGAAGCUAUGCUUACACCAACAAUGAGGUGAUUUACCUCUGGACACAAGAGGAUGAGCGCUCUGUUUCUGUGGCUGAGGAUGGUUCCAGGCUCAACCAGUAUGACCUACUGGGACACGUUAUUGGCAAAGAAACCAUAAGUUCCAGUACAGGGGAAUUUGUAGUGAUGACAACAUAUUUCCAUUUAAAAAGGAAAAUUGGCUAUUUUGUGAUCCAAACCUACCUUCCCUGCAUCAUGACAGUCAUCCUGUCACAGGUGUCCUUCUGGUUAAACAGAGAGUCGGUUCCUGCACGCACCGUAUUUGGGGUCACCACCGUCCUCACCAUGACGACCCUAAGCAUAAGUGCCCGCAACUCCCUCCCUAAGGUUGCCUAUGCCACAGCCAUGGACUGGUUCAUGGCAGUGUGCUAUGCCUUUGUCUUCUCUGCCUUGAUUGAGUUUGCCACAGUCAACUACUUCACCAAGCGCAGCUGGGCGUGGGAUGGGAAAAAAGAGGGCAUGGAAGUCAGGGAACCGUUUCAGGCUAACAUGGCCAGGAUUAACGAUAUGAGAAGAGAAUCUGCAAGUCUCUCCAAAAAGGCAAACAACACUUUCAACAUUGUUGGAACAACCUACGCCAUCAACGUAGCAAAAGACCAAGGUUUAACAACCAUUUCUAAGAGUGCCGCUACCGGGGCAUCGGCCAAACACUCCUAUCUCCAUAAAAUGGAUGAUCCCUACACAGAAGCCAAGAAGUCUUACAACCGAGUCAGCAAAGUGGACAAGAUAUCGCGCAUCAUUUUCCCCAUCCUUUUCUUCAUCUUCAACUUGGGCUACUGGGCCACAUACGUGAACAGGAAGCCGGCCAUCAUAGAGGCAAACAACCCCAACUGAAUUUGAUCCAAAAUCAAUCUUGAAUGGGUUUGUCAAGGAAGGAGAAAGGUUUGAUGGAAGCCAUGAAAAUCUUAACGUGUACGUGUGCGUGUGCGUAUGCAUACAGUGGUACCUAAUUUGCGAGUGCCCUCACUUAAGAGGGGUUCCAGGUUGGAAUGUGGCUUGGUUGAUUUAUGUUUUUGUUUGUUUAUUUUGCUUUGUGUUGAGUGUCAAAAUUUCCACGAUAUGUGAGCUUCAAACACACUGUCACUCAAGUGAAGUGGGAAU